GUGUCUAUUUAGGAUAUGCACUCACCGUUUCCUGGCCCUCUGUUUGACGUAAACAGAAACGUCACGGGUAAAAGGUUACGAGCAGAAACAACAAGCAUGGCGGAGAUUCAGAAACGCAGCGGCCGAUCUCCAAAAUCUGGCAGGCGAGGAGGAAAGCCAGUGAAAACCGUGACAAUUGAAGAGGCAGCUAAACGGAAAGAAGCUCUGAAGGAAGCUUAUAGGAAGAAGUAUGAAGAACAGCAGAGAGGAUGGCAGAUUGUGGAGCGACUCCUGGCGGAUAACAUUGCAGAAGAGUUUUUGGUUGACUGUGCAAAGUUCAUCUCUCCCGCGAACUACAAGGACACAGUGGAGGAGCGUUUUAUCCUCAGGAUGUGCGGCUAUCCUGUUUGUCAAAACAAACUUGUCAAUGUUCCUAAGCAGCAGUACAAAAUCUCAAUCAAAACCAAUAAAGUGUAUGAUAUUACAGAAAGGAAGUGUUUCUGCAGUAACUUUUGUUACAAAGCAUCAAAACACUUUGAAGCCCAGAUUCCCGACAGCCCUGUGUGGAUGCGAGAGGGUGAAAGACCUCCAGAUGUUAAAUUAUUGAAGCAAGGACAAAGUGGCAGCUCCGGCGAGGAGGUGAAGAUAGCUGAAGAUCCCAUCGCUCCGUCUCAGAUUGAAAACCCGGACAUCGCAGACAUCCGCCUUCCCUCAGACUCUGCCGGCAGCGAGAGCGAUAGCAGCGACCGUGAGCAGGACUUCGUCUCCAGCAUUGUGACAGGAGGGAAAGCGGGGGCAGGAGAGCAGGAGCUGGCGCUACACAAGCGGCGGAGACGGACUCCCAGCGCCAGGAAACAGCAUACCCAGCAGACACGGACCAAGCUGGAAGCAGGUGGCCGUGCCCUAAAAGAGGCCACAGAGAGUUUAGGCAAAUGCAAAAUCAAUCAACCCAAAGACCUUGCCCCCAGCGUUUCAGUACCAGAAAAUAAUGUUUCGCAGCCUGUGUGUGGGAGCAGCGUGUCCAAUGAAGACUCCAAGCCCGGGGCUGAAACCAGUGCAAAUCUGUCCAAUAUAACGUCGGUAGGGGUCAGCAAGCGAGGGGCUGAGGGGCUGAAGAGUCUGCUUGUGAAGUUCAAGCCUGAUCAUCCUAACGAAGCUGAUCUCGCCAUCGUAAAAAACAGCUUGCUUGAGAUGCUUAAGAAAACGCUUGCCGAAUGGAAGACAGAAGAAACUCUGAAGUUUCUCUACGGGUCAGACUACAGACCUAAAAGUCCGCAGGUGGCUGCUGCUGCUGCUUCAAGUGUGGAGGAGGAGCUCGAUGAAGAUGACCUAGUGGAGUUCCUGGACACUCUUGAUAUCAGUGACCCUGGUCAGUGCGCAGACAAGAAAAGGUGCCAAGGGUCAGAAAAAUCUCUCCAGCCAUUGCCAGAUUAUACAACCCUGAAGAGGGAGACAGAUUUACUCAGUCUGAAGGUCAGAGAGUUUUAUAAAGGGCAGUACAUGCUGCCUGAAAAAGAAACUGAAAAUAAUGCGAAUGGUGGCAACAUGGACCCUCCUCUUCCAUUGGUUGAUUCCAGUGCUCAGCACCUUAUCCAAAAGCGCAUUGUUGUAGACAAAUUGAAUAGAAGUUUAAAGGAUAUUCUGGGACCUCUCCGACUUGCAUUGUGUGAUGUCUCUGCUGAUCUUAACAACCUCAUCAGAACCUUCAGGUUUACAAGUUCUAACAUUAUUCACAAAAACCCAGAAUGGACUUUAAUUUCAGUUGUUCUUCUCUCAGUGUUAACUGCAGUUUCCCCCUUGCUUCAGGAAUCUUUGAAAAGCCCCACUUCUAUAGAGUUUAUUUCAACAUUCAUGAAGAAAUUGAAUCUGAAGGAUGAAGAUCUUGAGAGUUUAGUACGCAUCAUAAAAUCUCAUGGAGACUGAUCAUUUAGUAACAAGUGGCCUGCCUCCCAGAUCACGCUCUCAUUGGUCACAGGAAGAGGAGGUUCUCUUCCAGGAGUGCAGAGACUGAACUCAAUGACUCAAUUCACGGGCACAAGAAUCGCUCUCAUUGCAAUGAAUUAACAGUCACACAAUCAACAGAGACAUUUACAAUAAUGUUUACACUUGAGUUACAGAACUGAUUGGUUGUAAAUUGACUGCUAAACUAUCACUCAAUAAAAUACGUUUUUGUUCACCUCAAAA